AUGGAGUCCCUCAACGAACCGCCUUGUUUUCAUCUUCACGUCAAUUUGGUAACAAAAAAAAAGCAAAGUUCGUGUUGGAUUUGCGGAAAUAAUCAACACAAAGCUCAUGAAUGCCCACAACGGUCAGCAGCACCAAAAAGGAAAUCGCCUGAGGUCUGCAGAAAUUUUAAUAAGUUCCUCUCAGGAACUUGUGAGCAAUCUAAUAACAAGUGUUCAGCUGGCCGGCUUCACAAAUGUUCUGAAUGUCAAAAAUAGGGUUGUAAAGCUAUUCGUCAUACGGAACAGCGAAUGCAGUCCUUAGCCACAGGCCUACCAAUCUCAAACGAACCAGCUGCUGAGAAAACAACCACCGAAAAUCAAGAAAAUGUUGUGUUUGGCCUACCAGCUGUUACAAACACUGCCGGAAAACUCAAAGAACGUCACAUCCCUUGGACACCUGUUGUCUCUGCUGGGGAGAAACUUUCACUACCUCUUGACAUUUGUUGCUCAGUUUCUCUUGUCAGUCGCUCUCACGCGGAUUAUGUUGCUUCCAAAUGUCCACACUUAAAGAACCAGUCACUUGAAACACCUGUUAGUUUCUGUUGCUGAUGCAAAUUCUUAGCUGAAGGCUGUUGGCACUAUGGAAAUUCCCAUACAGUGGAGCAAUAGUAGAGAAACAACCUUUCAGAUGCUUGUAGUUCCACGUUUGUCCUGGCCUAUCCUAUUUGGAGAAAACCAUUUGCACUCUACACAAGCCUUGGUGGAUCAUGGUGAUCCCAGUAUCCUCCUUCGUCAUCCCAGCAUGUCUUUCAAAAUUGCCUGCUCCUUGACAGUCCAAUCAGAGGUGGCUUACACCAAAGGGACAACACCCAUGCUGGAGUUACUUGUUUGCUCACAGGAGCCCCAUCACCUGGUAUUCCUUUUACAAGCUCAAAACUAA